AUGCCGCCAAAAACAGAUGCCGGUAAGCAGCAGCAGCAAGAGUGCUGGGAGUGUCUCCGCCGCUGCCAGGCCUGUGACGGCCGACGCCCCGUCUGCCAAUGCUGCCGCUCUGCCGGCAUCGUAUGUCCCGGAUACGAAGAUCGCCGGCCGCUGACUUGGGUGACGCCGGGGAAUAUCACCGUUACGAGAAUCCGGAGGGCCAGGACAACUUCAGCUGCGACACCGAUUCCUGCUGCUCUCAGGAAGCGUCACUGUCGAGGACGCUCACAGUUGGUAUUGCCUGUUUCAGAGAAGGACUCGACCAAGACGAGGCCAGACACUGCUCUAUUCAUUGACAAUGGCAAGGCCACAGAUGAUGGCACCGAUCUGGAUCUGACUAGCUUGGGAGACGACAAUGAGGAAGAGGACGAUGAUGACAGUGAUAGUGAAGAGGGCGACGGCGAUGAAGGAGAGGACGCCAUCAGCAGCGACCAGCUGUAUCCCACCCAACCGGGCCCCAAUACGCCUCAAACUCCUGCCACAAAUCUUGCUCUCGUACCUCAGAAAGGACGAAGCGGGUUACUCACUGAGAAACAAACAGUCAGUUGCAUUCCCGCCAGUCUGCAACCAGACGAGUUUGAACUCAUGGAGGCCGUAGAGUACUACAAUCAUCGCAUAUUCCCCGUCAUCAGCUCCAACCAAAUCAUACCCAAUGCCUAUUCAAAACCCUUCGACAAGGACCGAGUCGCUCGGCUCAUCCCUUCCAACCGCCACGCCCUCAUCUCCAUCUGCAUAGGCUUCCGCAUUCUAGCCGUUGCCCAGAUCCAUCGCCUGAGCAUCAACCCACGCGUUGUCGGCCCUGCGAGUGACUUGUGGACGUCCUUCUUUCGGCAUGUCGGCCUUGCCAUGGCGGCCCUGAACGAUGAGAUCCGGCAAGACCCAAAGGUGUACUUGACCAAUAUAUUCCGCAGCAUUCAUCUGAUAGCUAGCUCCGAGCUUUUCUUACUCAACUCACCUCAUUGGCGGGCUCAUGUGAGUGGCUUCAUGGCCAUUUUGCAGGAACAGGGGGGUCUGGGCACGUUCGUCCAAGAUCCGGGUAAUUCUACAUACAUCAUGCUCAGCUUUUUGGUCUCAUGCAUCGUCGCAAACACAACAAGCUCGCUGCAGAAUCAGAUUGUUGAAGUCACAUGUCUGGACCCAAAGGAAGUUUACAGCCUGUAUAGAGUGAGCAUAUACCCGCCAUUCCUCUGUCCGCCAGAUUUAUUCCUCGACAUACUCUACAUCAACCGUCUGCGUCUGCAACUGCCGACGACAUCAGUUAUAUACUCCUUACCGUCGAUUCAGGUAAACGUAUGCGACAUCUUGAAGCAUAUACACGAAUUCUCCCCCCUGGAAUGGAUCGAAUCCUGCGGCUUUGAGAAUUCCGAGGGGCUUCUAUUACUAUCCAACAUAUAUCAAGCGGCAGUGGCCUUGUACGCCAUCCUCUCACUCCCUUGCACAUCGAAAUUCCACGUAAAAAGGUCAUGCCAAGACCUGAGACAGACAUACCGAGCUCAACUCUUUGAGGCACUAAGAACGGCAGUCGGGUCGUCUGUCCGCAUACACAGCAUAUACUGGCCGGUUGUUGUAGCCGGCGUGGCUGCGUCGAGCGGGACCGUGGAAGAGAGAGUGCUUGUGGAGGAGCAUCUGAAUAUGGGGAUCAACGAUCCGUAUUCCGGCGCGGGAUCGUUGAAGGCGUUGGCGAUGCUGAGGAGGGCUUGGGCGUUUGGGCUGACUGAGUGGGAUGAGUGCUUCAGCGAGCCGAACGUCAUCUUGUUCUCUUGA